CAGUUAAAAAUGAUUUUAUUCACAUAUACAUACAAUACACCCCCAGCAAAGACAAAGACAGAGCUAGAGAGAGAAAGUGAGCUUUUCUAGAGAGAGAGCGAGCCAAAAAGUGCACAAUUGAUACGAGGAAGACGAACGAACAGAAAUUAGGUUUUGUGAUUCUGAAUUUGUGCAUUUUAGUUUGAAAUUUGGUGAAGAAAUUGUUCGAUUUGGUGUGGUGAAACUGUUUUUCGGAUAUUUUAUUCGUGUUGUUUCUCGGAUCUGCAUUGUGUGAUUUGAUCGUUGGUUUACGGAUCUGAUUAGUCAUAAAGAGACUGAUUUGGACCAAUCGGAUGGCUCUCUUGAUGUAGUGAUAGUGUAAUACCAACCGCGCUACUUUCUCCUCUGCCUCCACGUAUCAUCUAGUGUUCUAGACGCACGAUCUGUCUGUGUCAAGAUUAGUUUGAAGCGUGUUUUGCGAUUCAUGAUCGUUUUUUGACCAUAUUUUGAGUGGACUGUGAGAAGAUUUGUGUUUGAUUGUCAUCGGGUGAAGAGGAUUCAAUCCAUCAUCCCCUGCCGCCUCCCUUUGUUAAUGUCAAGUAACCUAGACAGCCCAAUCAAAACUCAAAUGGCUGUAGCGGUUUUCAACAGUCCCUUAGGGAGGGAAUACCAUGCCAACGAUGGGAUGGAAGUGGCGAAACCAUCAGGCAGGAGACGCGUUUUUGUUCAAACUGAAUCUGGUUGCGUGUUGGGGAUGGAGUUAGAUCGAAGCGACAAUGCUCACACGGUUAAAAGGAGGUUACAGGUUGCACUUAACGUCCCGGUUGAAGAAAGUUCUCUGACUUUUGGAGAUACGGUUCUGAAAAACGACCUGAGUGCCGUUCGUAACGAUUCUCCUCUUCUUUUAACACGAAACCUCAUGCACAGAAGCUCUUCAACUCCUUGUCUUUCUCCAACCGGUAGGGAUAUACAACAUAGAGAUUGGAGCGGUCCUAUUGAAAUCUUGGGGCAUUCUAAUAGCUUCAAGAAAACUAAACAGCUUGUUAAGGAGAUUGUGAAAGCGAUGAAGAUUGGUGUUGACCCGAUCCCGGUUCAGAGUGGACUUGGAGGUGCGUAUUAUUUUAGAAACAGUAGAGGUCAGAGUGUUGCAAUAGUGAAACCAACAGAUGAAGAGCCAUUCGCACCGAAUAACCCUAAAGGGUUUGUCGGUAGAGCUUUAGGUCAACCAGGGCUGAAACGGUCUGUUCGGGUUGGUGAAACCGGCUACAGAGAGGUUGCUGCAUACCUCCUUGACUAUGGUCACUUCGCCAAUGUGCCACCCACUGCACUCGUCAAAAUUACGCACUCUAUUUUUAAUAUUAACGAUAACGUAAGCGGGAACAACAAAUCAAUGAAGAUGAAGAAACAUUUUAGCAAGCUUGCUUCUCUUCAGCAGUUCAUUGCUCACGACUUCGAUGCUAGUGAUCAUGGAACGUCAAGUUUCCCCGUCUCUGCUGUUCAUCGUAUCGGUAUAUUAGAUAUAAGAAUUUUCAACACGGAUAGGCAUGCGGGGAAUCUGCUUGUUAAAAGGAUCAAUGACGAUGGGGCUGAUAGGUUUAGUCAAGUGGAACUCAUACCCAUCGAUCAUGGUCUCUGCUUACCUGAGAAUUUAGAGGACCCGUAUUUCGAAUGGAUCCAUUGGCCACAAGCGUCGAUCCCGUUCACUGAAGAAGAACUCAAAUACAUUCAAGAUCUUAAUCCGUAUCGCGAUGCAGACAUGCUGAAAACCGAGCUUCCGAUGAUCAGGGAGGCUUCUCUCCGUGUGUUGAUUCUCUGCACAAUUUUCCUGAAAGAAGCGGCUUCUUACGGGCUUACGCUUGCUGAAAUCGGGGAGAUGAUGAGUCGGGAAUUUCGUCGUGGUGAAGAAGAACCCAGUGAGCUCGAGUUGAUAUGCAUGGAUGCAAGAAGGCUAGUUGCUGAGAUGGAAAGUGAUAGAGGGGUGUUCGUAUCAUCAUCUCCUAAAUCCAAAGGACAUGAAGAUUCGUUCCUGUUCGAAAUGGACGGUUGUGAUGAUUCUGGUUUUGACUUCAUGGAUGACUUUACGUGCCCGACUCCUCCUUCCCACUUUGGAUUUGGGCGAAACCCACUUUCCAAACUUCAAGAAACCAUUGAAGAAGAGGACGGAGAAGAAGAAGAAAACGGUGUUGCAUUUGAUGCACCGGGAAAGUCCGGUUUGGUGUCAAACCUGUCAAUGUUGCCGAAGAACAACUCGUUUACGGCUCAUAACCUGAAGAGUCUGAAGACAAAGACUGAAAACAAUGGGUAUGGAUAUGGCUUCGGGUACGGGUACAGAAAUGGGAACGAGAACGGGAACAUAGGAGUGAACUCAUCAUCUGGUCAUAGGAGUGCAAAUGAGCAGCUUCCCGCUAGUGCUAGCUUCGUGAAGUUUGUAGACAUGAACGAAGACGAAUGGUGUGUUUUUCUAGAGAAGUUUCAAGAGCUCGUGUACCCGGCUUUUGCAAACCGCAAGUCGGUUAGUGUAGGGCAGAAGCAGCUACAGAGGCUGGGUACUUCUUGCCAGUUUUGAAAGGGAGUCUGCAGGUAUAACCGAUAUAGUUCAAGAGUAUGAGUUAUGAGUAUGAGUUAUGGGUUAUGAGUAUGAGGUUGAAUAAGGGGUAUGUUUGUAAAUAUUGAUGAAGAGCAGGUUGAGUGGAGAUCUGGUUUAGUUGUUAAAUGAGUUCUUAUAUAUUUAUCUACUUACGGACUUGUUUAAUGAAUAAUUUGUAGUAUGAAAAAUCAAAAAAAGAAAUGAAAAAAAUAUUGUAAAUAUAGCUAUUAUUUAAAUAGUUUAUGACCGUCUGGGUGAAUGAUAAUUCUCA